AUGCCUGAAGAAGAGGAAGACACAAACGUCGUCAUGUCUGUUGAAUGUGGCGAUCAUAUAUUGGAAAGAGUCUCCCAAUGGCUUGACGAUUGCAGUAUAUCGUCAGUCCAAGAAGAACCUUUGGUGCUUGUCGAUAGUUCGCAGUCGGAAAUCGUGUUGGCGGAGACGGAGACGCAAGGAGGAGAACCGUCGAAGAAACGCAGGGCAGCAUCAGAGCCUGCAAUCGCCAUGGGUCGAACUCCGUCGCCUACCAAGCGCCGUGCUGUUGGAAUGGGCAGAUCUCCUUUCGUGCAGAAUGACUCUACACCAAGCCUUGAAUAUCCUUCGGUCGAUUCCCCCACUCGCUUGACGUCGAAGUUCAGUCCUGGUAUCAUCUCCAGUCGAAAUCGGAGCCCAACUAAAAAGAACGGAGACUUGUAUAGCAUGUACCCUGAAAUCAAGUUCAGGGAUGCCGAAGACACCUUCAUGCUGGAACAGGCAGCCGAGCUUGCUAGGCGUGUAAAGAAGGCCACAGUAACCCUACCCAAGGAGCUACAGAAGUAUCCAGAAAGACCAGCUUCUUGCCAACAUCUGUCGCCUGUCGAGUGGCAAGAGAGUCAUGGCCAUUCGCUCUCUGAGAUCCAGGACUUCUGGACGAAGGUCCAGUACAUUGCAAACUCGACAAAAGUAUGUGCGACUGAGGAGAGGCCGGAGGAGUGUUGGAGUGACGAUGUUGUCAUUGAGAUCAUGAGAUUGGCCCUCAGCUGGUCGGGCCUGGGAAACAAGUUGAUGUUGGCAAAUCUCAAAACCAUCGAGGUGGAUCAGCCAGCACUUCUUCCUGUCGUCAAUGGCAAGCGUGUCUCAAAGAAAAUUGACUAUGGCAUAUGUCUGCAACCCUCCGAUGAAGAUAAAAACAUGAUCAACAACGUACGUUACGGACUGCAAACCAUCAGUCAAUCAAAAGUGCCCAUGCUUCGCAACCGAGCCCUCUUCUGCAAUUUGGAAAUCAAAAAGUUAUAUGCAGGGCAAGAUCCAUUACCGCAACUUGGCGUGUGGACGCUAGCCGGAUUGACGAAGUUGUCUCUUCUGGCACAAAUGGCAGCGGCUGGAAAGACAAAGAUGGGAGAAAGUUCGAUGCUUCACGAUCCGGAGGUGGAGGUGCCUGUGAUUCCAUGCUGGACUGUGGUGGGUGACAGGUGGGCACUCUACAUUGCGCAGAGAUGUUCUUCUGCGGAAACAGUCAUCCAAGGACCUGUGGCAACCUACUUCACCCAUUCUGGUGCAGAUAUCGUGAAGCUUGUGCAUGCUUUGUGCGAGAUACUUCGAUGGGGUGACACGACCUUUCGGGAAUGGCUAAUGAGGGUUGUAUCUGAACAGCCAACAGAUUACAGACAGGCUCAGAUCGACGCGUACCAUGCAGAGUUGGCGGCAGAGUUGGCGGCAGAGUUGGCGGCAGAGUUGGCGGCAAUGCGCCGCAGCGUUGUACAGAGUAUAAAGUAG